AUGAACGCUGUAGCAGGUCACAUAUCAAAGAAGUUCAUCGGGGCAGUCGAAGAUGAGUGGCAACUUUACAGCAACAACUCAUCCGACUACACCAUCGGGUCCCCCAUUGGCUUUGGAGCAUCUUCUGUCGUCUAUGCCGCGAAGUACCAGCCUCCAGAUGCAACCACCCCCAUUCCAUGCGCGCUCAAGGUCCUGGACCUUGAUCGCCUCCCACCCUCCGCUCUUCGUCUCCUACAGAACGAGACGCAGCUCAUGUCACUAUCUAAGCACCCGAAUGUACUGCGUGUACGCGGAACCUGGGUCGAUGGCCACAAACUCUACAUCGCCAUGCGUCUCAUGAACGCCGGCUCUGUUGCCGAUGUUAUGCGCUAUCAGUGGCCAGGUGGGUUGGAAGAGGACGUCAUCCGCUGUAUCCUCAAGCAGGCCUUGCAGGGGCUCAACUACCUACACAUCAACGGGCUGAUUCAUCGCGACGUGAAGGCGGCAAACCUCCUCAUUGACGACGAUGGAACGGUACUGCUCGGCGAUCUUGGAGUCGCGGCCUUCCUAUGGGACUCGGAAGAGGGGAUGCAUACGCCGCAGGCGAACAAGACCCGGUCCAUUAACUUCGGUCCACUAUUACGUGGUGCUCAGAACAGCCAUAACCACCCACACUCACGAGGAUCGGGCCCCUCAGUUACGAUACAGCAACGGCCGUCGAUUCUGGGGAAGCGGAAGUCCUUUGUCGGCACACCUUGCUGGAUGGCCCCAGAAGUGAUCAACGGGAAGACGUACGACGCGUCGGCCGAUAUCUGGUCCUUCGGCAUAACCGCUAUCGAACUCGCCCAAGGUCGCGCGCCCCGUUCCCGGCUAGACCCGCACAAGGUGCUUGUCAUGACCGUCACUGACGAGGCGCCGCAGCUGGAGCGUCACUCGGGCCCGCACCAGUACUCGAGCGCAUUCGCGGAGAUGGUCGAGACGUGCCUGCAGAAGGAUCCCGUGAAGCGGCCGACGGCCGCUGACCUGCUGCAAACGAGCUUCUUCAAAAAUGCGAAGAAGCCGAGCUAUCUUUGUAACACCAUCCUUAAGGGGUUACCCCCGCUCACGCAGCGGCAGGAGCGCAGGAAGCAGCCGUCUAUUCAUACGCACCUGACUAUGGAUAGCGGCUGGGACUUCUCGAUGAGCCUCCCUGCGUCCCCCACGACGUCCGUCUACAGUCACCACCGCCGUCCGAAGAGCCUCCUACCUCCCGGAAGUGUGUUCGAGAUUGAGGAUGUCGGCGGAGACCAGCCUCCAGGAGACGAUGGGGGCGGCGCGGCCGCGACCGGCGAAGGCGAUCACGCCGCUAUCGACGGCCACAGUAGCGCGGAGGCGUAUGCGGUCCGCGUCCGCGCACGGCAUCGCAGCUCUAUCGGCCGCAGCCUGCAUUCUCACAGCCGCUCGGGCUCGCACCAGUCCCUGCACUCGCACAUCCACUCCCGCAGCGAGUCACGCGAUGUGGACUCAAUUCAGGAGAUCGCCGUGCAAGACGAGGACUCGUCCGACACGGACCGCGACCAGGAGCCGGAGCCCAAGGGCAUCCUCGUCGCGACGUCCCCGCACGCGGAGGCGCCGGAGCACGCAACGCUCGCGGUCCCUGCCGCGCCCCAGCUGUCGACGUCGCCCGCGGGGUCGAUGCACUCCUUCGCGUCUGCGACGUCGUCGGGGAGCUCCCCGUCGACGCCGUUGACGCCGCCCUCGUCGUUCGGGCCGCCGGGCGCGAGGUCGCACCGCGGGAAGCUGUGGCGCAAGCUCGCGGGGAAGCUCGACGCCGAGUCCGACAGGGAGAAGGACGCGUCGCCGCCUCCACUUCCUCAGGCAGCGGAGGCGCUGUCGGGCGGGCGCAAGAAGUCGUUUGGGAGCGUGUUUGGGCGCACGGCGUCGAUGAGCGCCGAUUUGGUCCGGACUGCGAGUCGGACGAUGUCUGGUGAGUGCUCUUUUCGUGACGCGAGGCCGGCUGUUCUCGUGGGUGUAGAAGGCGGGAUGUGCUGA